AUGUCAUUAGAAGAUGAGUUCGAAAAAUGUCAAGAGAUCGAGUUCACACAUGCACAAUUCCUAUUUCGAUCCUACCUGUUUCCGGUCGUCUAUCUUUUUGGAAUUCUAUCGAACACUAUCAAUAUUUGCGUCUUUUCACAGAAAUCGAUGCGAAACCACACAGUAAACUGGUUUUUCCUUGCCCUUUCCUGCUCUGAUUUGCUCACUCUUGUCUCCUCUUUCUUUGUUUUCUCGGUUCCAGUCUAUGCUGAAAGUUCAAGAGAUCCCGAAUACAUUGACUGGUCCGUCCAACUGAUUGUAUGGUUCUAUCCGCUUGCACAAACUGGAUUGACCAUGUCUGUCUAUGUGACUAUUCUGGUGUCAGUUCAUCGAUAUUUAGGAGUAUGUCAUCCGUUUUUGAUUCGUCGAAUCUCGAAUUCAAGUGCAGUGAAGGCAGUUAUCUUUGGAGCUGUGGUUUUUGCGUUCGUUUUCAACACAAGCCGUUGGUUUGAGCUGCAUGCUCAACCAUGUUUUUAUGAUGCAACUGGACAAACAAACUCUUCUGUUGUCUACCCCACUGCUCUUAUGAUGAACAACUAUUAUACUCUUAUUUUCCGAAACGCAGCCUAUACAAUUGUGAUGUUCUUCUUGCCAUUUGCAGUUUUGACUUAUGUGAAUCUCAGAAUCAUCGCAACACUCCAACAGUCUUAUAAAAUGCGAAAAGCCAUGACAACCUCAAGAACAAAACGAAGUGAUUCUACAGUACCUACUGAUACGAUUAUCACAAAAAUCGACGGAUAUUCGGCAGUAGUUCCAGUGGAAAACGGAAACAGUCCUGUCUCCGGAAUAAUGAUGGGUGGAUCGAAUGGAGGAAGUGUGAAAUAUGAGAAGAAAGAAAACGGAGUAACAGUUAUGUUGGUGGCAAUCACAACAGAAUUCUUGUUAUUCAAUUUGAUUGCCUUUGCUAACAAUAUCAUAGAACUGUCCAACAUUCGCUUCUUCCAAGAUAUUGAAACUCUUCUAGUUGAGCUAUCAACGUUUCUUGUGAACGUCAAUGGAGCGUCUACAAUCAUCAUCUAUUUGAUAUUCGGAAGCAAGUACCGUAACGUCUUCAUUCGACUGAUUCGACAUCACUUUGGAGUCAACUUCUGUGGAGAUAAACCGAAACGUCCGAUGGGUUUCUCCCAAGCGCACUUUGAGACAACUCAACUUUUAGACAACUCGAAAUUUGACUUGAAUCGAAGCAAGCAAGCCAGUAUCAUUCGUCGUUCCGACAUCACUAUCUCAAUCAAAUCUUCUUCCUCCAAAAAACCAACUCCAUGA